UUCACUUUCUUUCGCUCUCUCAUCUCCCAAACAUCCCUAAACUUCAUUCUCAACAGAAACCCAUUUAAACUGUUUUCCAGACUUUUCAAUAACUAUUUUAUAUACAGUUUGAAGAGAAAAACAAUUGUGCAAGGUGUUCGGUGAAAUGUCUCAAAGAAAGUUGGGUUUUGAAGGUAAGGUAUAUAAUUGAAAGGGUGGAGUUUUACAUCUUCACAAGAUGCACGGAAGAAAGGCAUACGAGCUGGUGAAAGAGUUUGGCAGUGGUGAAAAAGGGCAUCUCAACAAUUUCAACAAUGAGCUGUUUGAGCGAGUAAUUGAAGAAUGCAAUGAGCACCAUAAUGCACUUCAGUCAUUAAUAAGGAAAAUGCAAGAGGAGGGACUGGAAGUUCAAACAGCCAAAAAUGCAGACCACUAUGGAGCACUCAUCCACCACAUUUCUCUAAUUCGCAACAAGCGUUGCCUAAUGGCAUAUGUGUACAAUCGUGCUGAAAUUAUAAGAGAUUUGGCGUGGAAGGUAGGGUUGCUUCAUGAACUUCCACGUGAAAUUCAGGAGAAGUUCAGUGACGCAGAGGAACAGUAUUUCAAAGAUCAUUCUAAGUCUUUGAAAUUAUACAUGUCACAACUGAGCCUUGAUGUGAAUGUGGAUAUGGUGCCUCCAAAAGAUCCCUACAUCAAGGUAAGGGUGCUUGAAGAUUUAGGUAGUGGAAUAAUUCUCAGCGAUAAAUCUGCCAAUUUUGCUCGCCACUCGAUGCACUUUCUCAAACGAACUGAUGCUGAGCAAUACAUUGCACGAGGUUUAAUGGAGGAGUUAACAGGCUGAACCUUGAAGAGGUACAUCUAUGAUGUCUUCUCCCCCUUCUCUAGGAUAAAAAUGUUUCAUGCUUGUAUCUAUUCAGCUGCCAUUAAGUAUUAGCCCAUUACCAGGCUUGUUAUUCAUUCUUUGUAUGUGCAUUAUAGCUCUUGGCAA